AUGCCGCCGAGAACACUCUCCAGCCGCGAACCCCGGCGGCGGGCGGUCCUGCUCACCUUCAUCGUCACGUCGGUCUUCUGGUGGCUGUUCUUCUCGUUCCAGAGCGACGUGAUACCAGUCCCCAGCACCACCAUCACCAAUACCCCCGAAACUGGCACCAAGACGCUGCACUGCGGCAACUCGACGGCCGAGGCCCGGGCGCUGGGGUGCACGUUCGACGUGCUGGCGUUCAUGUGGGUGCCGGCGCCGUGCUUCGACCGCGAGACGACCGAGGCGUACCAGAAGGCGGUCAACUGGCACGGGUACAACGACCCAGACGGGAGGGAGGUGCUCGACCUCGAGACCAUGUCGGAGCGCACCGCCCCGGGCAAGUACUACACGAGCGCGCGCGAGCACGCUGUGCACUGCGCCUUCGCCUGGCAGAAGCAGCACCGCGGGUAUCUGCGCGGUGGCGGCGGCCUGUAUAUCGAUGAUAAUAGUGCGGGAUACCACCACACGCGGCACUGCUCAGAGGUCCUCAUGAAGACGGCGGACCGCGACCCCAAGACGCUGGACGAGUUCGAGACUAAGACCACGGUCAAGUUUUCCAAGUGUCUUGUUGAGGCGUAA